CUGCAUUCCCUUCCAUAAGUGGUCCUACCUGAUCAGCUCAUUUCCUUCCUCCCAGCCAGCAUGGCCGCACGCACUACCCAGGCGGCUCUCCUAGCGACCGGCGUGCAUUCCACGCUGCUCUCGCCGUCCUUCCCAUCGCUGCGGUCCUCCCGCGUGGCCGUGCUGCCGUCGGCGCGCCAACGUCGCCCCCUCGCAACGGGAGUCGACGCUCAUCGGGCGAGUGCGCUUGCGCGCCGAGCCUCUGCAUCUGGGGUAGUGAGAGCAGUCAGAUCCGACGUAACGCCCCCCCGUGGAUCUGCUCCGCUCGCCGUGGCUGGGGAAGAUUGCGAUGUCGCGGCGUCCGCCAGUCAUGCAUGGCCACGUGGCCGCAUUGUUUCCGCUGUAGCGGGCGCGUUGGUCGCAAUUCAUCUGGCCGCCGCGACUCCCAUGGAUGCGCUCGCCGCUGCCUAUAGCGCCGCCCAACCGUCAGUGGUGGCGACGGUGGCAGCAGAGUCGCAGUCGCCGUAUGCCCGCGCGCAGGAGGAUCAGGGCGACGACGUGGGGCUGCUGGACGGGCGCAUCCGCCCCUGCCCCCUAGCAGUGAACCCUAACUGUGUCUCAACGUCCUCUCUAAGCCUCGCCUACUCGCCGCCCUGGACUGUGCCGUCCUUGACUGCUGCCACAGCUGUGCAGAGAUUGGAGGGCGUCCUUCUCUCCUCUCUCAAGAACCCAGCCAUUGAGGAGUCAGUCGAUCUCCCAGAUGGAGGGCACUACAUAAGGGCCAGAACGGACGGCCUGUUUGGGCGCGACACUAUCGAAUUGUUACUGCGCGACGACAAUGUAUUAUAUCGCUCUAUAGCGGGGCGUGUGGUGUACAUAUACCCGUUUACCACUCCGCUAACAGACUUUGACGCACAGAGGAAGAGGAUGGAUGCGCUUGGGAAGGAGCUUGGUUGGCUGCAGGAAUACGAGUACGAGACAGAGUUUGAAAUGGAGUAUUGAAUAGAGUAAUUAGACGCAUGCGUACUGUUAGAGCGUGUUCCGAUGGACCUUGUCCCAGGCUAGCCUCUUCCCAGAUUCGCUGCACGCCUGAGAACGUAUUUGCAGAACCACGUUUGAGACACAUUCCUUCUCAGAUUCGCAUUCCGGGGUUUGGGUUCUACAACAGGAAAACCUAACGUCGAAAUUGCGCUGUACAGACUGUUAGAAUACUAGAAUAAUAGAAACAAGAGAGUGCAGGGAAGAUAUAGGGUUUAUUUGUACCCUC